AUGAAGAAGACAUUCUCCGCGCGACGAGUCCCUCGCAAGGUCGGGCAAGACGACGGAGAGGAAAGCUCAGGCGCAAGUCCGGCGCAAAGUCCAGAACCAGCGCUCAAACGACCAAAUGCGAACCCCCGCAAAUCGUCCUCGCUACGGACGUCGCUUGGACCAUCUACCGUCGACGAUGAUGAAGAGUCCGAGGCGUCAGUUGUGACACCGAAGCGCUCGAAUCUUUCGCGGUUAGCCAUACAGCGGAAUGCCUCCAAGCGAACUUCCCUUCUGGCUUCACAGCUUCCCACCAGGCAGACUGAGGAUGACGAUGACCGACCCGACUACAGCUCAGCGGCUCUGCAAGAGCUCAAAGCAAGCACUCCAUCCACACCUCAGAAGUGCAACACACCCGGCGAUGCCGACUUGGAGAGUGUAUCUACUGGAACCCAAGCGCUGGACAUAUCGUCCAAAUUUGGAUCCUCGUUGGCACGCUACGAGCAACAGCAGUCUUCAUCAAUACCAUCAGCUACUGAAAUUGCGGAGAAGAAAGCACGGCGGGCACGGCUAGCUAAGGAGCAGCAAGCAGAGGAGUACAUAUCGCUAGACCCCGACGAUCCAGACUUAGACGAAGACGACUUGGACGACAAUGUCAUGAAGGAUGAGCAGGGACGACUCGUCCUGAAGCCACAAGACAAGUAUGGCCAAGCAGAGAGCAGACUAGUCGCCGACGAUGAAGACAUCAUGGAGAACUUUGAUGACUACACAGAAGAUGGCAGGAUAUCUCUAGGUCGCAAAGCAGAAGCAGAAGCCGCGCGGAAGAGGAAACAGGAUAUGGCGGCGCAGAUUGCAGCUGCAGAAGGCGCCUCUGAUUCGGAAGACGACAGUGACCGCGAGCGCAACGAGGCAUACGAAGCGGCGCAAACAAGACACGGGACAUAUGCGCAAAACGCUGCGCCAGCGGAUCCAGCAGACAUGCGACCGAAGACGCCACCCAUUAUGACUCCUCUGCCUACUCUUGACGGAGCGGUCGAACGAUUGCGCAAGCAGUUGGCCGAUAUGCAAAGCUCCCGUAUGCAGAAGUUGCAAGCGAUGGAGAACCUGCAGCGAGAAAAGAUACGUCUUGCUGAGGAAGAGGUGAGAAUACAACGUGCGCUGAAGGAGACGUCCGAGAAGUUUGAGGCGCUGAGGAAGGAGCAAGGAAUCAGUAACGAAGAGAAGAAGGACAUGCCGGCUAUCGAAGCGGCACCCCAGGCUGGUGUGGAUGGCGGUGAUGGAAUGGAUGUCACUUCGAAUGGUAAGGACAGUGAUUCAGAGGAAGAAGAAGAAGAAGACGACGAGGAGGAAGCUGCUGGUCAUGGUGGGUUGGGUUUUGGAGGCGCAAGGCAAGGCCUUGGUGCUGGACUGGGUUUCGCAGGCGCAAGGCAAGGGCUAGGUGCUGGACUCGGUCUUGGUUUCAAAGCUGCGGAAGACAGCGAAGAUGCUUCGUAA